AUGAUACCGGAAAACUUUGUUCAAUUUUAUUUGUUAUUAGUUUCCGUUACAUUACUACCGUUAAGUUUUGGAAUUUUAUUUGAUUUAGAAAAUGGAAUUUUUAAAUUUUUAAAGCCGUUAAUAUUUUAUGGUAAAACAUUGGAAGAAAAAAAUAUUUUAUCAUAUUUUUCUGUUCCCAAAAGUUCAUUUUGUAUUUUUUAUAUAGUGGGAGAAAUAUUGUCACUUACUUUAUUAAUUCUUCUUUAUUUUACACCCAAUAUACUUGUUCCAAUUAUCAAAUGGUUAUAUUUCUUUGGAUAUUCUAAAGAAAUUCAAAGUUAUGAAACAACAUUACUUAUUUUUAUUUGCCUUUCUAUUCAUAUUGGUCGUCGAUUUCAUAAAGUUUGUUUGAAUGGUAUUCACAAAUUUGUUUGUUGUCCACAUUUUUUUUAUGAAAUUUUAAUUUACAUUACUUUAUAUGGAAUUGGAAAAUCGCAAAAUCUUUUGUACUUUUUAUUGUUUGUUUUAAUAAAUCAAAUGAUUGCUGCUAAAACAAAUCAAAUUUGGUAUCGGAAAAAAUUUAGUGAUAACAGUGAAAUUGUUAAUAGAAAAGCUUUGAUCCCUUUUAUUUAUUAA